AUGGUUCCCGUUUCCCACAUCCUGCUGACACUUUCUAUUGUCCGUCUCUAUGGCUAUAACCUUAUCAGUAAUGUGAAGUGGUAUCUCAUUGUGGUUUUGACUUGCAUUUCCCUGAUAGCUAAUGAUGUUAAACUUGAUACUCUUUAUUCCCUGAAUGACUACAAGCCACCCAUUUCUAAAGCGAAAAUGACUCAGAUUACUAAGGCAGCCAUCAAAGCUAUUAAGUUUUAUAAACAUGUGGUACAGAGUGUUGAAAAAUUCAUUCAGAAAUGUAAACCAGAAUACAAAGUACCUGGACUUUACGUGAUUGACUCCAUCGUGCGACAGUCUCGACACCAGUUUGGUCAAGAAAAGGAUGUGUUUGCACCCAGAUUUAGUAAUAACAUCAUUAGCACUUUCCAGAAUUUAUACCGUUGUCCUGGAGAUGACAAGAGUAAAAUUGUGAGAGUAUUAAACUUGUGGCAGAAGAAUAACGUAUUUAAGAGUGAGAUCAUUCAGCCUCUUCUGGAUAUGGCCGCAGGGAUUCCUCCUCCAGUGGUCACCCCUGUUCUGGCCAGUACUACUGCUGCCAUGAGCAACACCCCAGGAACUCCAGUGACACCUGUGACUCCAGCCAAUGUGGUCCAAGGCUUACCUGACCCAUGGGUGUCGCAGAUAACAAACACGGAUACCCUGGCAGCUGUGGCUCAGAUCUUACAGAGUCCUCAAGGCCAGCAGCUGCAACAGCUGAUCCAAACUUUACAGAUCCAGCAGCAGAAGCCUCAGCCUUCCAUCCUGCAGGCCCUGGAUGCUGGGCUUGUGGUACAGUUGCAGGCGCUUACAGCACAGCUCACAGCCGCGGCUGCAGCCGCCAACACCCUGAACCCUCUAGAACAGGGAGUCUCCUUCAACAAGAAAUUGAUGGAUAGAUUUGAUUUUGGAGACGAUUCUGAGCACAGUGAAGAACCCAAAAAGGAUAUCCCAACUUCCCAACUUCCUCAUGUUUCCGAAUCCGUGAACAAUUCCAUUUUUCAUCAGAUAGCAGAGCAGCUACAGCAGCAGAAUCUGGAGCAGCUUAGACAGCAGCUCUUGGAGCAGCCGCCGCAGAAGGCAACCCCUCAAGAUAGUCAGGAGGGACCCUUUGGCUCAGAGCACUCAGCAUCCCCUUCCCAGGGGAGCAGUCAGCAGCAGUUUCUUGAACCAGAAGCAAAUUUGGAUGAUUCCAUAGAUAUUCAACAGCAGGAUAUGGAUAUAGAUGAAGGGCAAGAUGUAGUGGUGGAGGAGAUCUUUGAACAAGAAGCAAAAAAAGUGGCUGUUCGCUCAAGAUCAAGAACACGUUCACGAUCUCGUUCAAGAUCACCAAGAAAACGCAGGUCUAGGUCCCGGUCUGGUUCUCGAAAACGCAAACACAGAAAGCGCUCGCGCUCGCGCUCCCGAGAAAGGAAGAGGAAGUCAUCACGGUCCUACUCCAGUGAAAGGAGAGCGAGAGAAAGAGAGAAAGAGCGGCAGAAAAAGGGGCUGCCUCCGAUUAGAUCCAAAACUCUGAGUGUCUGUAGCACUACGCUGUGGGUUGGUCAGGUGGACAAGAAAGCGACACAGCAAGAUUUAACUAACUUGUUUGAAGAGUUUGGACAAAUUGAAUCCAUCAAUAUGAUUCCUCCCAGGGGCUGUGCUUAUGUCUGUAUGGUUCACCGACAAGAUGCGUUUCGGGCUCUUCAGAAACUCAGUUCUGGAUCAUAUAAAAUUGGGUCUAAAGUCAUCAAGAUUGCCUGGGCUUUAAACAAAGGAGUGAAAACAGAAUACAAACAAUUCUGGGAUGUGGACCUCGGUGUUACGUACAUACCCUGGGAAAAAGUUAAAGUGGAUGACUUGGAAGGGUUUGCAGAAGGAGGCAUGAUUGAUCAGGAAACUGUAAAUACUGAGUGGGAGACAGUGAAAACUGCAGAACCUGUAAAAGAACCGGUUCAGACGACUCCAAGUCCUCCACCUCCCGUUGAAAAGGAGACCGUGGUCACAACCCAGGCAGAGGUUUUCCCUCCCCCUGUUGCCAUGCUACAGAUUCCAGUCGCACCAGCUGUGCCCACGGUUAGUUUAGUCCCACCAGCGUUUCCUGUGUCAAUGCCGGUUCCGCCUCCUGGAUUCAGUCCACUGCCCCCACCGCCUUUUCUUCGUGCAAGUUUUAACCCUUCACAACCACCUCCUGGUUUCAUGCCACCCCCAGUUCCACCACCUGUUGUCCCACCGCCGACGAUUCCACCGGUAGUACCAACAUCUUUAGUGCAGCCGCCAUUGUCCAUGACGCCAGAAACUGUGAAAGAUGUUGCUUUUGGUAGCCUUGUUUUGCCAGGUGGUUCUGUUGCCAGCAGUCUUGCUCCUUCUACACUGCCAGCUGGGAAUGUUUUUAAUCCUCCAACUAAACCAGGCGAGCCAGAAGAAAAAGGACCUCAUCUUACAGACCACCAGAUUUCUUCUGGUGAAAACCCCAGAGCAGUGAUUCCAAAUGAUGUUUCAAGUAGCCCUGCGAUGUUAGGGGGACCGCCAUCAAACAUGACCAGCAACUCUGGAAUCUUGGGAGUCCAAAGACCAAAUGUCUCAAGUAAUUCUGAAAUUUUGGGAGUCCGUCCCUCUAAUGCCCCGAGCAUUAGUUCUGGGGUAAUUGGAGCCCAGCCACCAAAUAUGCUGAAUAACUCUGGAAUUUUGGGACUACAGCCACCAAGUGUAUCAAGUAGCUCUGGACUUUUGGGAGUGCUACCUCCACACAUGCCGAAUAAUUCUGGACUUGUAGGACUACAACCACCAAAUGUUCCAAAUGCACCUGGACUUUUGGCAACGCAGCCACCAGCUGGCCCUCAAAACUUACCCCCUCUAAGUAUGUCUCAAAGAAUGCCCGCAAUGCCAAUGCUAGACCUUCGUCCAGGACUGCUACCUCAGGCACCUGGACCAAGAUUCCCUUUAAUGCAGCCUGGAAUGCCACCCCACCGAGGACUCCCUCCCCCAUCAGUACUUGAAUCAGCUCUUCACCCACCACCCCGUGGACCUUUCCCUCCAGGAGAUCUUUUCAGUCAUCCCGAAAGACCUUUUCUAGCUCCUGGAAGGCCAGCUAUUGACAGUGUUCCUAAUCCAGAAAAGAGGUUGCCGCUCGGCAGUGAUAACAUUCAGCAAGAAGGUGACAGAGACUAUCGGUUUCCUCCGAUAGAGACCAGGGAAGGCCUGAGUAUACCUCCCCCCGUGGAUGUUAGGGAUGUGGUCGGGCGGCCUGUGGAUCCAAGAGAAGGUCCUGGAAGACCUCCGCUAGAUGGGAGGGAUCAUUUUGGAAGACCACCUGUAGAUAUGAGAGAGAACCUUGUGAGGCCAGGUAUAGAUCAUCUUGGUCGAAGAGACCAUUUUGGCUUUAAUCCAGAGAAGCCCUGGGGCCACAGAGGAGAUUUUGAUGAAAGGGAGCAUCGAGUUCUACCUGUCUAUGGUGGUCCAAAAGGCUUACAUGAAGAAAGAGGUAGAUUUCGGCCUGGAAACUAUAGAUUUGAUCCUAGAAGUGGUCCUUGGAACAGAGGAUUUGGACACGAAGUUCACAGAGAUUUUGAUGACCGCAGAAGACCCUGGGAGAGGCAGAGGGAUAGGGAUGACAGAGAUUUUGAUUUCUGUCGAGAGAUGAAUGGAAAUCGUCUUGGACGGGAUAGAAUUCCAAACACCUGGGUCCCGCCUCCCCAUGCUCGGGUUUUUGAUUAUUUUGAAGGGGCCACUUCUCAACGCAAAGGUGAUCAUGUGCCUCAGGUGAAUGGUGAAAACACAGAGAGACAUGCUCCUCCCCCGCCUCCACAAGUGCAGAAGGAUCCUGAGCUCUAUGAGAGACUGACCUCUCCAAGUGAGGUCAACAAGGAGAAGAGUGACACAGUUGCUGAUGUAGAAAGUGAACCAGUGGUAGAAAGCACAGAAACUGAGGGGACAUAAUCAUCACUCAGUAGGUAAAAGAUACCUUUUGUAAAGUUGUCAUCUCUCUGUAAUCGAUUAAUGGCUGACUGGACCAUAGUUGUUCACUUUUGUCUGCCAGAAUUAAGUUAAUCUGAUGUUCAUGUUCACCUUUCUCUUACAAUAAUUGUACAACUGACUUGUAUAGACAUUGUUCUUACUAUGAACAUGGUAGGUAAACAUUUUUUUAUUUUUCUGGUAAAUAUAAAUGUUGCCCCCAGAUUCUUUUAACUUCAAGGAAAUGAGUAACAGCUUGUCCGAGACUUCCUAUGGAAGAAAGAAUUUUUUUUAACUACUACCAUUAGGUUGGAUAUGGUAAUAGAUAUAUUUGAAAAUAGCAAGUGGUGGUAUAUCUGACCCAUAUCUUUAGGCUGCUGCAGAAUUUUAAGGUAAUAGACAAAGCUGUGAUCUUUUAUGCAAAGACUUAGGUAUUCGAGGAGCACAGUACAGAGAUUUCAAUCAGUGGUUUUGUAAAAUCUGCACUAUGGUCUCUGUCCCUCCAAAGUGAGUGUUUGUGAUAUGUUCCUCACGCUGCAGUGCGCAAAAAGAACAAAGAAAAAACAUCACCAUAAAUAUUAAAGUGCGUUUCAAUGUUGGGUGAGUUUUGUUUUUAGAUGCCAAUAAAACUUAUUUGUUUGAUAA